AGAGCUGCGCGGUGGACAGUCUGGCUGGUGUGGGCAUUGCGUUUUGGGAGCUGCAGUAGAUGUUAGAGUAUCCGUCUGAAACAAAUAAAUUUUGCUGCCAGAUUUAUGGAUAACAUUGUUGUGGUUCACUUUCACACCUAGCGGUGAGAAGACCAAGCGUAUUGUUCAACAGCCUCGCUGAAUAAGGUCAGCGCCGAUCAAGAAGGGUAUGAAGCAGCAUGAAAUACCGCACAUUGGAAAGGGCGCUGAGCUGCCAAGGCGAUAUAAAUAGCUAAAAGCAGGAGACAACUCAGUUCUGGGUGGACUUAGUUGCUGAUCGCUUUAGAAUUUUUUCUUCCGAGUUCACUCUGGGCUGCACACUUCCAGAAGCAAAAGGAAAAAGUUGUGAUGUCUCGGCUUUAUAUUAAAGCUAUAUCAUCACCCUGCAAUUCGCAACUGGCAACCCACUGAAGCUCAGCUGGUGUGAGCCUGUUUAAAACAAAGGCUUUACGGAAAGAUGGUGGAAUAUUACCAGAUUUUAGGAGUGCAGAAAACUGCUUCUCAAGAGGAUAUCAAAAAAGCGUACAGAAAACUGGCCCUGAAGUGGCACCCUGAUAAGAACCCUGACAAUAAGGACGAAGCAGAAAGGAGGUUUAAAGAACUUUCAGAAGCAUAUGAAGUUCUGUCAGAUGCCAACAAGCGGAAUAUUUAUGAUCGCUAUGGCAAAGAAGGCUUAAGUGGGAACGGAGGAGGAGGGCACUAUCACAAUGGUGACAGCUUUGGAUUCACUUUCCGCAACCCAGAAGAUGUGUUUAGAGAAUUCUUCGGAGGACGAGAUCCUUUUGCUGACUUCUUCGACGAUCCCUUUGAGGACUUCUUCGGCAGCAGAAGGGGUCAGCGUGGGGUUAGCAGAAGUCGGCCAGGAGGUUCCUUCUUCCAUGGAUUUGGUGGCUUUCCUCCUUUUGGUGCUGGAUUCUCGGGAUUCGAUUCAGGUUUCACCUCCUUUGGGCAAAUGGGCGGCGGAGGAUUUGCUUCGUUCUCCUCCACCUCGUUCGGGGGCGGCGGCGGCAGCGUCAGCGGCGGGGGCAUGGGCAACUUCCGAUCGGUAUCCACCUCCACCAAGAUUGUCAACGGCAGGAAGGUCACCACAAAAAGAAUUGUAGAGAAUGGACAGGAGCGAGUAGAGAUUGAAGAAGACGGGCAGUUAAAAUCUCUAACUAUAAAUGGAGUGGCUAACGAGGAGGCACUGGAACAAGAACGCAGACGCCGGAGGCAAAACGCCCUGCCGGCCCAGGCCUCCGCGCCCGGCUACCUGAGAAACACCACCUCGGGCCACACAGAGGGGGAGGAAGGGCGGGGAGCUCAGGGCAUCGUCUCCGGAGCCGCCAGAGGCCACUUUGAUAACAAGAGGAAGAAGCUGCGACAAAAGGAAGAGUCAAGAAAGAAAAAGUCCUCAAGAUGGGCUCACCGGGAUGGAACACCAUUUUAAAAAUGUUGGACCCAGGCAGCGGCACCUGCAUGAGGGGAGGUUUAAAUAUAGAUUUAAGAGAAAAAAAGGGCCAUUUUCCUUUUAGGAUGACCCAUUUCUUCUUCCCUGGCUUUCAACUCUUCACUGCGCUUGUUAAUGUUAUUUUAUUUAAAAAUCCAAAUUGUUAAAUGUUACCAGAAAGUAAGACUAGACCUUUGUGCCAAAGUGUAUUUUGAACUGUUUUGUCAUUUUUUUGCAUCGAUUUAUAUAUAUUUUUUAUACCUGGGAUAAAAAGCCACCAAAAUAUAUUAACAAGUCGCCCAUAGCCAUUAGAGACCCAUGAGAUUUAUUUUAAUAAGAGACACAAUAAUAAACAUUGUUUAAACAUAUGCCAUGAAUAAAAACCUGGUAAUCCUGGAAGAAUUCUCCCAGUGGCUACACACCCUUAUGAAUCACUCUCAUCCAGUUCAGGAGACAUUUUGUAAGCACUUGUCAUACAGUUGCUACAGGGAUGUGGUUUUAUUAAUUUGUGAUGACCCUAAAUGCGGGCGCAGAAGUAGAUACCUUCUUUCGACAAUUACUGCAGUCUCAAGUGCACACAUAACUUAAGUGGCUCCUUUCUUGAUUGUCUUCAAACACAGGUUAUUUAACUAUGCUUAAGCUAGUUAUUUUUGUGUAUUUUCCAAAAGGAUUGUUUCUGUCAACUAGUUUUAGAGACAACAUCUAGACUGUUUGGAAGAGCUCAUUUGUUUCUUAAGUAGUUUCCAGUAGGGAUGGGUUCUAAUCAUUUUGGAUGUUUGUCUGUCUCUUUUUGUGACAAUUGCCAUGGCUUAAGAGUGUCUUGAACUGACAAAUGAUUGCUACUCCAGGUAGCAUUAAAGAUAGAAAGCUAGAGUAUAUUUGGCAGAACUGGCAAUGUGAGGGUUAGGGCUACUAUAAAUAAAGGCACCAUGGAAAUUUAAGUGCAUUGUUUAUUCAUUUCUAUCGCCUAUCAUGCAAAAUGACUUAGAAUUGCAGACUGUCUUUAAAGAAUAGAAAUUAUUUCUUGAGACUGCAAGUGUAACCUUUCAAAGGCAGUAGAGAGCCAACUGCAAAAGCACGCAAAUCACACCCCUGUCACAAGGGAAGGACAUCGAUGAAAGUAAAGGCAGGUAAAAUAAAAGAGGAGUUUCAUAAAUAAUUAACCACUGAAUUGAGAAACCGAAGUGUCACUAAAAGAGCUGUCCCUUACCGUCAACAAAAGCUUCACAUAAAUAUUUUAAGACUAAUAUACUGUAUGUGGUUGAAGGACAUAAAUUGUGACCUGGUGCAAAGAGUGUAAAACGUUUCCUGGGAUGUGCCUUACUGCAUUGUUUUAAUUAGUUUUUUAGAAGAAGUGGAUUUAAAAAACAAAGACUGCAUCCGCAUUAUUUUUUAAUCCAUUUCAAUUUUUUUGGGAGCACAGACAUACACUAAUAAGAUCUCCAUAAAGCGGUGAGAUCACGGCGGAGAGUCAAGAGCCCUUCACUUACAAAACACAUUUAAAUUCUGAAAGUUUCCUUAUCAUGACUGUCACUGAAGUUGAGAGCGUUUGGAUAUUACCAAAUUAGUUUUCUGAGCAAACAUGCACUAAGCAGACAAAGGUACUGUGUGUGUUGAAGUGUAUUGAUUUUCUACGCUGAAUACAAGAUGACUUUGAUUGCACUCAAGAGAAUUAUAUUGGGACUGUGUGGCACAUUUCUAGACACUUUGGGCAAAAUUACAAUCUUUCCUUCCUUUCUGUUUUUAAUAUUCAUUAAUUACUGCAUGAGUACCAGCUUUAUUUCCUCUCAUAAGGUUUGUUUAUUUAAACCUUUUAAACCUACGCUACCUAGUACAGCCUUCAGCGUCAAAUCACUAUUUUUCUUUUUCUUUCAAAGCCAGACAAAUGUGAUUAUAGUUGUUGUUUUGUGCAAGUGUGCUGUAUGUGUGCAGACAUGUGAAACUCUUUUGAAACUGCUUUUGUAGAGCAAUAGGAAUUUUUAUUUGUCUUUUCUAUGAACACAUCCCAAUAAAGCAGUAAUAAAA